AUGAGCCUCACGGUGACGAGGGCGACGCUGAACACAGACACGCCGAUCGUCGGCGUCGAGCUACAGCCGUACAUCGUCACGCGUAAGAGCGAUGGGACGUCCACGACGGAGGAUAUCGGAAAGGAGAACGCGCACGAGGGGAGUUACGUUCGGUAUCGAUGGUAUCGGUCGGGGAAAAAGGCGAAGAUGAUGGUGUGCUCGGUGCACCCGGCGGAGAACGCGACGCUGAUGAAUAUCGCGACGCGGACGUACCACUGCGAUUCCGAGUGCUUUAAGCACGCGUGGAGGGAGUGGAAUCGGAAUCGCCUCGCGAACGGCGAACCGUUUCCGACAAAAGCGGAUCGCUCUAGUGUGAAGGACGAUCCAGAGGCGUGGAAGGCGGCGAAGGCAGAGGAGGAAAAGCCCGAGGAGAAGAAGAAGAUCGAGCCUUGGAUUGAAAUUUGUCAGACGCGGAACUACACCGUCGGUGUCGACGACGUGGGGCACGUUCUGAAGCUCGAGGUGGUGCCGGUUGACGUGAAGACGGAGAAUGAGCAAGCGCAGCCACAGAACGUGAUCACCGGUAGGGUGAUUCCGGCCCCGGAGCCGCCGCGCAGGAACAUGGUGAAGAUAAUGCACAAUACUUCACCAGAACCUCGGACGUUCACGUGCGCGACGUACAACGUGCUCGCAGAUCUGUACUGCAACGCCGACAUGUACGGAUACGUACCGGAUUGGGCCCUGGCGUGGGCGUAUCGUCGACAGAAUAUAUUGAAGGAGAUCGUCAACUACAACGCAGAUAUACUGUGUCUGCAAGAAGUACAAUCUGAUCACUACGAGGAGUUCUUUCAGGGCGAGAUGGCCAAAUAUGGGUACGCUUCAGUGUACAAGAAGAAGACGGCGCAGAUUUUCAGCGAAGGGAAAUUCGUCAUCGAUGGCUGCGCGAUUUUCUUCAAAAAGGACAAGUUUGCGUUGAUUAAGAAGUACGAAGUGGAGUUCAACAAGGCGGCGUUGAGUCUAGUCGAGUCGUUGGGUGGUGCGACGCAAAAGAAGGAUGCGCUGAACCGGUUGAUGAAGGACAACAUUGCCCUCAUCGUUGUCCUGGAGGCGCUCGACGUCGAUCAGCUUAUGAGCGGUAAGCGACAGCUUCUUUGCGUCGCGAACACGCACAUUCACGCGAAUACCGAACACAAUGACGUUAAGUUAUGGCAAGUGCACACGUUGCUCAAGGGUUUGGAGAAGAUCGCAACGUCGGCGGAGAUUCCGAUGGUGGUUUGUGGGGAUUUCAACUCUGUACCAGGAUCGGCGGCACACUCGCUCCUGUCCGCGGGCCGUGUGCCCGCAGAUCACCCUGAGCUCGGUAUCGAUCCGUUCGGAAUACUGCAACCUUCGACUAAGUUGUCUCACCCACUCCCGCUAGUGUCGGCGUACACAAAUUUGCACAAGCCGUGCUUGGACUCGGACGCGCUCGAGCGUCAAAGAGACCGAGUCGACGUCAUCGGCGAACCUUUGUUUACGAACUGUACCAAGGACUUCAACGGCGCGCUCGACUACGUCUUCUACACCGAAGACGCCUUGUCACCGAUCAGCCUGCUCGAACUUCCGAGCGAGCGGGAGGUUCGCGCCAAGUACGGUGGUCUACCCAACACGCAGUUGUCGAGCGACCACAUCUGUCUGAUGACGGAAUUUCAAUGGGGGCCGCGCGUUGAUCCCAUGCAACACGGGCAGCGUUACAUGUAA